GGACGUCCGCUAGACGACGAGUCUAAAUUAGACGCGAGAUACGCUUUAAAAUUAUCGUGAUACCUAAAAUAUAAACAUAAAAGCGGUUUUUUUAAUUUGUCCUAAUAAAGUUAUCGUUGUCUAUUAACUUAUAUUAAUUUUUCUUGCAAAAAAGAAUGUGUGAUUUACCAGAAUUGUCUGAUGAAGAAAAAAGCAAGCUUAAAGCAAAACGGGAUAGAUCAAAUAAAAUAAGCAAAUUGAUGGGUGAUUAUCUUCUUAAAGGCUAUAAGAUGCUUGGAACUGUUUGUCAAAAAUGCCAGGCUAUUCUCAUGCAAAAUAAACAACAUGAAAUAUACUGUGUAUUUUUUAAGGCUAUUCUCAUGCAAAAUAAACAACAGGAAAUAUACUGUGUGGGCUGUGAAGAAGUUGAUAAACUCAUCAAUAAAGAUGCGCAAUAUUUCAAACAACAGAAUAAUAUUUCAUUAGCGGAUGUAAAGGGAUCCAGCAUCGACAUAAUAAAAAAUCAGAUAACGUGGGCAACGGACCAAUUAUCUAUCGAUACCUUAACAUUAGAUCAGCGUCAACAGUUUGUAAACUUUAUAAAAUUAUGUUGUGAAACGCGAGUGCUUUUGAUGGCUUCUGUUAACUAAUUAAUAUGAUGGUAAUAAUAACUAAAUUAAAUCUAUGAGUAA